GAAGAGCAGGUCAAAUGGCUGCAAGAUGCCAGCAACUCCGUGAAGAGGAAUGCCUUCUACAUGAAGCGUGCCCUGGACGAGGACAACCUCAGGGAGGCACUGCGAUUCUCGGCUGCCAUGCUUGUGGAGCUGCGCACAUCCCUGCUGACACCUCAAAAGUAUUUUGAGUUGUACAUGCAAGCUUUUGACGAACUCCGUCAUCUUGAGGCAUUCUUCAAGGAGGAACACUCGAAAGGCAGAUCAUAUGCGGAUCUGUACGAGCUUGUCCAGCACGCCGGAAAUGUGCUUCCGCGGCUGUACCUUCUCUGCACAGUCGGCUCAUGUUUCAUCCGCUCAAAAGAGGCACAUGCCAAGGAUAUUCUCAAGGAUUUGGUGGAGAUGUGCAAGGGUGUGCAGCACCCCACCCGAGGGUUGUUCCUGCGAUCCUACCUGUGCCAGGUGUCCCGCGGGUUGCUCCCUGACACAGGCUCAGAGUAUGAGGGUGAUGGUGGCGACAUAAAUGAUGCCCUGGAAUUUCUGCUGCUGAACUUCACAGAGAUGAACAAGUUGUGGGUACGCAUGCAGCAUCAAGGCAGCGGCAAGGACAGAGAAAGGAAAGAAGGUGAACGCCAGCAGCUCGCAGACCUCGUUGGCAAGAACCUCACCUACAUCAGUCAACUGGAAGGGCUCGACUUCAAGCUCUACCAGGAUGUUGUCCAGAGCCGAAUGAUGGAGCAGGUCGUCAGCUGUAAGGAUGAGAUUGCGCAGCAGUAUCUGAUGCAGUGCAUCAUUCAGGGCUUCCCUGAUGAGUUCCACCUUGGCACACUGCCCACUCUCCUGGCAGCUCUGCCAGAGCUGCAGUCCGGCGUCAAAGUCCACCUCGUCCUGGCAUCCCUCCUUGAUCGCUUGUCCAGGUUUGCCGCCACAGAUGCCUCAGUUGUGGAUCAGUUCAACGACAGCGACGCAUUUGGUCAACUGUUGGGCGCUGCGACGAGGGUGUCAGAGCAGCACACCGAGAUGCCUGGUGCAGACAUUGCAGCCAUGUAUAUUUCCCUGGCAAACUUCGUUGGAGCAGUGUAUCCAGAUCACCUCGAUUACAUUGACCGCGUGCUGCAGUCCUGCCAUGAGGCACUGGAAGGUCAUGGGGACAUCAGGGAGGACAGGACAGAGAAGCAGAUAGUCGCACUGUUGACGUUGCCACUCACUUCCUAUGACCCCGUCACUGUUCUGGGCUUGUCCACAUAUCCCCGUGUCAUGUCACUCCUGAAGCCAGCCACCUGCAAGGCCAUGGCAGUCAAGAUUGUGCAAACGAUAUUGAAGGUUGGAACUGAGAUCAGCGAACCUGCACAAGUGGAGAUGCUGCUGGACUUCAUUGCUCCUCUUGUGGCUGAUGUCCACCUGGACGGAGGCGAUGAUGAUGAGGAGGACUUUGAGGAUGAGCAGGGGCUGGUGGCGCGGCUGAUCCACCGGCUGCGGGCCAGCGAUCCAGCACAGCACUAUGCAUUGCUGCAGACUGCCCGUGAGCGCUUCUCAGCCGGUGGCGCGCGCAGAUUGCGGCACACGCUGCCGCCUAUUGCAUUUGCUGCCUUGGGCAUCGUUGCUCGCCUGGCUGCUGCCGAUGAUGCCAAAGCAACAGGUCCUUCGCCGAAGGAGGUGCUGCAGUUUGUCCAUCAGUGUGCGGCGCAGCUUGCCGAGGCGGGUGAGAACGCAGAGAUGGCCCUGCAGCUCUUUCUCACGGCCGCACAGUCCGCCUCUGAGCAUGCCCGCCUUGAGCUCAUCGCUUAUGAGUUCUUCGAGCAGGCCUUCAUACUGUUCGAGGAGGCGAUCCCAGACAGCGCAUCUGAGCGGGUGGCUCUGGCCAGCAUCACAGGGGCCCUGCAGCGGUGCCGCAUCUUCCCCGCUGAGCCCAGAGCCACACUUGUCCACAAAGCCACUGGGUAUUCUGCCAAACUGCUGCGGAAGGCUGACCAGUGCCGAGCUGUCCUGGCCUGCUCUCACCUGUACUGGCAGUCGCACAUUGUGCAGGUGCAAGAUGGGGAACAUGUGAUGAUGUGCCUGAAACGUGCACUGAAGAUUGCACACGCGGCACAGCAGCAGCUGGCUGUUGCGCUGCGUUCGUCUGAUACUCUGCCUGCAUGGCUCUUUGUGGAGAUUCUGAACCACUACCUGUACUACUUUGAUCAGGGGCUGUCAUCAAUCAGCGCCUCAGUCCUGCAGAACCUGUUGGAGUUGGUGGCCAAUGAGAUGGCCGGAGAGAAUUGCCAGGCAGAUGCCGGUUUGGUUGCAUUCUACAAUACUACCCUCGCACACAUCGCUGCUCAGAAAGUGAAGCCGGAGAAGGCCAGCCUGUAUGAGGCCCUGCAGAUAUAA